UAUUUUCAGCAUACUAUAUAUUUACGUAUUUGUAUAUGCUACCAUAAAAUUGGACCAGUCAUGGCACCUUUAAAAGAUAUCUAUUCAAACUUUUGUAUCAUCCCAUAUAUUGCAAGACACACGUUUCAAUCUAUUUCAAUAGAUUUUAUCUUUCAAAGAUUCCAUUUAAUUCCAUUCUCAUAGUUUUCAUUAUUGUUUUUAUCUCGACAUAAGUAUUCACUUUCCGUACAUUUUCCAAACUGAAGAUGUAAUUACCAAAAAAUGUUUACAAGGUCGAUCCUCCUCGUUCAAUGUCCAUACUUCAACUGCUCGUUGGAAAUAGCUGUGGCUAGAGAUUCAUUAAUAAUGCAUCAAGUGCUCUACACAUCUGUUGGCAAUUCCUACUUCCACUGGACUAACUUCUCUUUGCUGCAAAACAAAUUACCAAGCUGCAGACGUUCUAUGCUUUUACAAAGUUUCAGCCAACCCUUAACUCGUACUAUAACGUCAAAUAAAAAAUUUUAGGUAUGCGUGAUCACAACUUGUCACAUAUAAGCCUAUGUUGGCCAAGAGAAAAAUAACACGAAACAGUAAAAGCGAUGGACCCCUUCGUCGUUUUACAUUAAACGUUUUGUACGUUCUUACUGUCAUAAUUUAUUUACCCAUCUCUUUAUCCUACGGAAUACGUCAGCAAGACGAUAAUACAUCUCCGUGCGCUUCACGCACUUUCUGGUUACUGAAAUAGUUACAACAAUGCAAUCGAACUUUUGCUUUUGAGAGAAUUAUAUCUCGAUUAUGCAUCGUAGUAACGCCUCGUACAAGGAACAUUCUUCAUGGAUGAUAAAAGACAGUGUUCGCUUGACCUUAGACAUAAAACGUUCGGACGGAUAUAAGGAUUUUAAACGGGCAAUCGGUCUAAAUAGGCUAAUGUUGAAAAUCGUUGGUUUGUGGCCACCAGACAAUCGAGACGCUCAUAAGAUAGUAAAAUCGAGAUUUCGAUUUGGUUACAACCUAAUCACGUUACUUUUCAUACUGACGAUACCAGCUUUCGCAGCACUUGUAAGAGUAUGGGGCGACAUGAUUCUAAUGAUAGAUAAUUUGAUAUAUACUCUACCUCUGUCGAUUAUUGUUCUCAAAAUAUGCAUUCUUUGGUACAAACAAGAAGCUUUAGCGUCUCUAAUUGAUAUGAUCGCAAAGGACUGGAUGAAACCAAAGCUGAAAGAGGAACGAGACGUCAUGCUGAAGCUUGCAAAGAUUAGUCGCAUAAUCGCCAUGUGCGGAUGUUUCAUAGUAAUCAUCCCAGUGACAAUUAGUUUAGUUUGUCCAUUGCUUGGAGUAACAAACAGGCACGUGACUAACCUAACCGACCCUGGUGACAAACCCAUGGCACUACAAACGUACUACUUGCACGAUGUUUCCAAGAGCCCGCAAUUCGAGUUGACACUCUUGGCGCAAGGAAUCACUAUGUUCACUACAGGUAUCUCAUAUUACGCAGUUGACCACUUCCUCGCGCUGCUAGUUUUGCACGUAUGCGGUCAAAUGGAGAACUUGCAUGUACGGUUGACACACAUGGGACGAUAUACUAACUUUGAUGCAGUUUUGAAAUACAACGUUCAGGAUCACGUUCGCUUGAUCAGAUCCGUCGAAAUCAUCGACGAUUCAUUCGAUUUAUUGUUGCUUGUCGUGGUAGUAUACUUUGGCGUAACAUUCUGCCUACAAGGCUUUCUCAUACUUAACGUUCUUAACGACGAGGGUCAGUUAUCAAUCAUUCAGUUAGUUUGGUUCUCCACAAUAACUAUAUGCAUUUUGAUGCACAUGGGCCUUUAUUGUGCUGUAGGCGAAACUCUCGUGACGCAGUAUGAAAAGGUCCAUCGUGCCACGUAUGAAUACGCGUGGUAUACUUUACAUCCAAAAUCAGCAAGAAACUUAAUAUUAAUUAUGCUGCGUGUAAACAAACCACUGUACAUUACGGCUGGAAAAACAUUUCCCAUGACAAUGGCAACGUUUUGCAACUUGUUGAAAACAUCAGCAGGUUAUAUAUCUGUCUUACUUGCCAAUCAAGAUUGACGACGAUGUUAUAAAUUGUAAGCUCAAACUUACCGAUUAUUUAGUACCAGUGAUUAGUAGUUAAUAAUUAAUACAAUAUUGACAACUGAAUUGCACAC